AUAUGUGCUGCUGAUGUGUAUAUGUGUUGUGGCUGAUUGGCGUUGGCGGCGGCUCAGCUCGCGGGUUCAAGUGACGUGGCCCGGAUGACGGCUACACGGCCUCUAAACUUAUACAUUAAUUUUCAUUUCGAUUUAUGUCUAACACGAUGAUUUGAUUAAGUAAGCAGCAAAAAUCGGAUAGCAUUCAGUAGGUUCAAGACCGAUGUUUUACAUUGUUUCAGCGGACUAACCAAUUCUCAGCAAGAUGACGACUUACGACGAAUUCAUUCAGCAAAAUGAGGACAGAAAUGGAGUGCGGUUCACAUGGAAUGUUUGGCCAUCAUCGAAAGUUGAUGCCACCAGAUUAGUCGUUCCAUUAGGAACUCUUUACCAGCCAAUCAAGGAACGACCUGAUCUUCCUCCGAUUCAAUAUGAUCCUGUGUUGUGUACUAGGUCAACAUGCAGGGCUAUUCUGAAUCCUCUUUGCCAAGUAGAUUAUCGCGCAAAGCUUUGGGUGUGCAAUUUUUGCUUCCAAAGAAAUCCAUUCCCACCUCAAUAUGCUGCAAUUUCAGAACAGCAUCAGCCAGCUGAAUUGAUUCCAAUGUUUUCAACAAUUGAAUAUACUAUAAUGAGAGCUCAGUGCCUACCACCUAUAUUUCUACUUGUUGUGGAUACUUGUUUGGAUGAGGAGGAAUUGACUGCAUUAAAAGAUUCCUUGCAAAUGUCUUUAUCGCUACUGCCUCCUAAUGCGUUAAUAGGUCUUAUAACCUUUGGAAAAAUGGUACUAGUCCAUGAAUUGGGUUCUGAAGGAUGCAGUAGAAGUUAUGUAUUUCGUGGAACAAAAGAUUUGCAACCUAAGCAAGUUCAAGAUAUGCUAGGAAUUGGGAGAGCUGUUCCUGGACAGAAUCCAAACCAGAGAGGACCAACCGGACAGCCAUUGCCACCUGCUAACAGAUUCUUGCAGCCAGUUCACAAAUGUGACAUGAGCUUGACAGAUCUUUUAGGAGAGUUACAAAGAGACCCAUGGCCUGUUGGCCCUGGAAAGCGCCCACUUAGGUCAACAGGAGUUGCUUUGGCUGUAGCUACAGGCUUAUUGGAAGCUAGCUAUGCUAACACUGGAGGAAGAAUUAUGCUGUUUGUUGGAGGACCCUGCUCCCAAGGUCCUGGCCAAGUUGUUACUGAUGAUCUUCGUCAACCUAUCAGAUCUCAUCAUGACAUCCAAAAAGAUAAUGCAAAGCACAUGAAAAAAGCCACAAAACACUAUGAUAAUUUGGCAGCUCGGGCAGCAGCCAAUGGUCAUAUUAUAGACAUUUAUUCAUGUGCACUUGACCAAACGGGUCUUUUAGAGAUGAGGCAAUGUUGCAAUUCUACUGGUGGACAUAUGGUGAUGGGAGAUUCCUUCAAUUCGUCGCUGUUUAAGCAAACUUUCCAACGUGUAUUUGCCAAAGAUCCCAAGGGUGAUCUCAAAAUGGCUUUCAAUGCAACCCUGGAAAUAAAGACAUCUCGGGAGCUGAAAGUCUCCGGCGCCAUUGGUCCUUGUGUAUCAUUAAAUGUAAAGGGACCAAGCGUGGGCGAACAAGAGAUAGGAUUAGGUGGUACCUGCCAAUGGAAGUUCUGUUCAUUGACGCCUUCAACAACAACCGCGUUAUUUUUUGAAGUUGUCAAUCAACAGGCGGCUCCAAUUCCACAAGAAGGAAGAGGCUGCAUUCAAUUCAUCACACAAUACCAGCACAGUAGUGGCCAGAGAAGAAUCAGAGUGACAACAGUUGCUAGAAAUUGGAUGGACGCAAGAGCUUUACACCACAUCGCCGCCGGAUUCGAUCAAGAGGCCGCCGCUGUUUUAAUGUCUCGCCUAGCAGUGUUUAGAGCUGAAAGUGAGGAUGGUCCAGAUGUCUUAAGAUGGGUAGACAGAAUGCUCAUAAGACUCUGCCAGAAAUUUGGAGAAUAUGCAAAGGACGAUCCAAAUAGCUUCAAACUUGCAGAAAACUUCUCCCUUUAUCCACAGUUUAUGUAUCAUUUACGUAGAUCGCAGUUUUUGCAAGUCUUUAACAAUUCUCCAGAUGAAACUAGUUUCUAUAGGCAUAUGCUAAUGCGUGAAGAUUUGACAAACUCAUUGAUUAUGGUUCAACCGAUUUUGUACAGUUAUGGAUUUGGUGGUCCACCAGAACCCGUUUUGUUAGAUACAUCAUCCAUCCAACCUGAUAGAAUUCUUUUGAUGGACACAUUUUUCCAGAUUCUCAUUUUCCAUGGAGAGACAAUCGCGCAAUGGCGUCAACUGAAAUACCAAGAUCUUCCCGAAUACGAAAAUUUCAAGCAGCUACUAGCCGCACCGGUAGAUGAUGCGGCGGAAAUAUUAGCAGGAAGAUUCCCAGCUCCACGGUAUAUCGAUACUGAACAGGGUGGCUCUCAAGCUAGAUUCCUCCUUAGCAAGGUCAAUCCUAGUCAGACGCACAACAAUAUGUACGCUUAUGGAACGGGAAUGCCGAUGUCCAAUGGGGAAAGCGGAGCUCCGGUACUGACGGACGAUGUGAGUCUACAGGUAUUCAUGGAACACUUGAAGAAAUUGGCAGUAUCAUCUACAGCUUAGCGGAUUAAUUUCAAAUAAAUUAUAUAAGUUAUAAAUAUUGUUUUUGUAUAUGAUAGGGAUUUCCAUGUUAAGCAUAUAAAAUAAUACGUACUUGUUAAGGGCAAUAAGGUCUAGACGAAUUAUUUCAAUGGACCAUAAUGCAUUUUUCAUAAACAACUUUCUUUCAAUGCCAAGGUAAAAUCAAAAAUGGUCAAUAAUAAUAAUUAAAUUUCAUCGAUGAUAUGAGUAAUGAAGGAAAAUUCCAAAAUUUGUUCCUACCCUUUUUAACUUGAAUUAAAAAUAAGAACAAAUAGGAAUCGUAACUUAAUGCACGCGUUUUCACCAUAUUAUGUUGAUUUGUUUUUAUUUGAGAAAAGAUUAAAUACAAAUAGAAAUUGUAUAUCUACAAGUAAUUUAAUUGCAUAAUUUUACAAUUUUGAGUAUAUUGUACAUGUACAUACAUAAGUACAACAAAAAUUGCUAGAGAACAUAGGCACUGUUCUAGUAGCAUAUUUUGCUAAAAGUGUAGAGUUGUUUUUUAAAAAAUAAAUACUAA